AAGACAACAAUCGUUCCCUCUCUCUCACCCGAUCGAUCUUUCAAUUGUAAGAAAAAUGCAGGAGCAAGCGACUAGCUCCUUAGCUGCAAGCUCUUUACCAUCAAGCAGCGAGAGGUCAUCAAGCUCUGCUCCACAUUUGGAGAUCAAAGAAGGAAUUGAAAGCGAUGAAGAGAUACGGCGAGUGCCGGAGUUCGGAGGAGAAGCCGCCGGAAAAGAAACUACCGGUAGAGAAUCUGGUUCGGCGACUGGUCAAGAGCGGACACAGACAGCGGUCGGAGAAAGUCAAAGGAAGCGAGGGAGGACACCGGCGGAGAAAGAGAACAAGCGGCUGAAGAGGUUGUUGAGGAACAGAGUUUCAGCGCAGCAAGCAAGAGAGAGGAAAAAGGCUUACUUGAGUGAGUUGGAAAACAGAGUGAAAGACUUGGAGAACAAAAACUCUGAACUUGAAGAGCGACUCUCUACUCUCCAGAACGAGAACCAGAUGCUUAGACAUAUUCUGAAGAACACAACAGGAAACAAGAGAGGAAGUGGUGGUUCUAACGCUGAUGCAAGUCUUUGAUCUCCUUUUUCUUGUGUUAUAUUUUUGUGGAUAAAAUUUACAGGGAAUUGUAUUAAUAAAAUGUUAUAUUAUUA